UUUGGACUCAGAAAAGGUUGGUCUCGAGGACUUGAAAGGCGCUGCAAGUGCGCCUCUCACCCUCACCUGCGCCUGCACCUGCACCUAGAGCUCCGCUUCUCUCCCAGCCGGGCGGUCGCCGACUCUACGGCUGACGCUCGCAGGAUUGUUAUGGCCUACCCGGGAUACGGAGGAGGGUUUGGAAAUUUUGGCAAUCCAUUGGGACAGCCAGGAUACCCUGGACACCCAGCUUAUCCAGGCAGUAUUUCAACAGGAGACCCCAUGUGGAAAUGCUUCCUUGCUAUUGCUGGCCAGGAUGGUGAAGUGGAUGCUGAAGAACUUCAGAAGUGUUUAACACAGUCUGGAAUUAGUGGAACUUAUUCUCCCUUCAGUUUGGAAACCUGCAGAAUUAUGAUUGCCAUGUUGGAUAGAGAUUACUCAGGAAAAAUGGGAUUUAAUGAAUUCAAAGAACUUUGGGCAGCUCUUAACUCCUGGAAGCAAAACUUCAUAACUGUUGAUAAAGACGGAAGUGGCUCAGUAGAGCAUCAUGAACUGAAUCAAGCCAUUGCUGCUAUGGGUUAUAGGUUGAGUCCUCAAACAGUAACUACCAUUGUCAAACGUUACAGCAAGAAUGGCCGAAUCUUCUUUGAUGAUUAUGUUGCUUGCUGUGUGAAGCUUCGAGCAUUGACAGAUUUCUUUAGGAGAAGAGACCACUUGCAACAAGGGGUUGUGAGUUUCGUAUAUGACGAUUUUUUGCAGGGCACAAUGGCAGUUUGAAUGUCUAGAAUUUGAAAGCUGAAGAAAUACUGUGAGUUUCUCUGCUUAGAAGAAAUGAACUGGACUCCUUAGAAUUAAAGCUUCUAAGGCUUUUCCAUAUUCCAUAUAUUGAAUCUCUUCUCUGAGUUUUUACUUUAGCUCACAGUGUAAAGCAAUAAAAGAGAUGUUUUUGUAUUUGGAAUAUUAUUGCUUUUAGUAAAGUUAUAACUUUAGAGAUAUCUGCAUAAUCAACAUAGGUGUAUAAUUAAGUGAUAUAAAUACCUCUUAGCUUUAAUUUUGAUUCUUAAUUACAAGAUAGAUUAUAUAUUUUAAAAGAUAGAUUAUAUAAGAAGCUAAAUGAUGCAAGCCUAGAUAAAACUAAUUUAUACUUACCUGAAGAUGACAAAUUAUAUUUUGAAAAAUUUGUUUGUAGUUGUUGGUAUUUGAAGGUGAGCCAGAAAGGGAAGCCUAGAUUUUGUGCAGUCUUUAUAGUAGGGGUUUUUUUAUUUGCUCACAUAAUCAGAAAACAGAAACUUGCGACUCUUUGCCUGUGAAGAAGAAAAUUGUAGUUCCUAAAAUUUUAUCCUGAAUCACAUUAGGUGGACCAUAAAUUAAUCUAUGGUGAAAUAAAACUACAGGAGGCAUUGUUUUUCCUUUUUAAAGUUUUUUGCAGUAUAUGUUUUUCUUCAGUGUGUUUUAUUGUCUUCUGUGGAACAAAAUUCUUAAUGAACAUAACUUCUUUCUCUGUAUAGAUAACCUAAAAUGGCAUCUUUGUUUAAAUUUAGGUUUUCUGCAAAUGACAUGUUUUUAAUGAAAUCUCAAUAUUUAAGUUUGUUAUUUUAAACUACAUUGUUUAUACAUAUUGCCAUUAGCUGUUUAUAAAAUUUUUAAAAAAUCAAGUAAUCUACCUCUUUGUUUAAAUGUUUAGAAAUUAUACGUUUGACUUUCUUGACAGUAUUAGUCUGUGAUUUUGACAUUAGUAAACCCAUAAGUCUUUCUCAGUAAGUGUGAUGUGGGUCCUGAGCAUGGUAGACAGCAUUUCAUUUUUUACUAUGAAAAUUGAAAGUGCAGUCACCAGGUUCUUAGCAUUUUAAGAUUACUGAUAUAAGUUGCUGUAGUUAAUCAGUCCCUUGGCAAACACGCCUCAGUCUUUCUAAAUGAAGAGUUAGUAAACCACAUACUUUUAUUACAUUUUAACUGAAUAUCUUCUAGCUUAAAGGUGAAUACAAAUUAACAUAAUUUUAAUAUGGCUUGUGAUUGAAUUAAUAAUAUAGUUUUUCAUAUAAGUUUCAUAAAAAUGGAGGAUGAAUGGUAGUAUCUUAAAAAAAAACUUUUAUGAAGAUACAGAAUUGUAAAUCAACUUUCAUUUUAAAAAAACUUGGAAAGGAAGUAAUGUAUACUCUUGUUGAUAUUGGUAAUUUUAUAUAAUUAGCUGUCAAAUUCAUUUGGUUAGAUUUAUAAAAAUGUGUGAAUGAAUAAAUCAUGUAAUUUUGUC